CUGACUGGGAAAGGAGAAGUUUAGCGCGAGUGGGAGAGCGGAGGGGAAGGGUGGAGCGGGCAGGAGAGGGAAAGGGAGGGGGACACGGAGAGCCGGCACAGCUUCCCGGACAUGGCUUUCAGGAGGAGGAAAAGUUACCCGCUCUUCAGCCAGGAGUUUGUCAUUCACAACCAUGCGGAUAUCGGCUUCUUCUUCGUGCUGUGCGUUCUCAUCGGGCUCAUGUUUGAGGUCACUGCGAAGACCGCCUUCAUCUUCAUCUUACCUCAGUACAACAGUACCAUUCAGUCGCUGGAUGGUGAGAUAUUGUAUUAUCAUUACGGGGUGAAAGACUUGGUCACCAUCCUGUUCUACGUGGUCAUCGCCAUCAUUCUGCACGCCAUAGUGCAAGAGUACAUUCUCGACAAAAUAAAUAAACGUCUUCAUCUGUCCAAAGUGAAACAGAGUAGGUUUAAUGAAUCGGGACAGCUAGCAGCCUUUCAUCUCGCCUCCAUGUUUUGGUGCCUUUAUGUAUCAACCACGGAAGGAUAUUUAUCCAGUCCAAAAACCCUGUGGGAAAGUUACCCUCAUGUUUACCUUCCCUUCCAAGUCAAGUUUUUCUACCUGUGUCAGCUGGCUUACUGGCUACAUGCACUGCCUGAGUUAUACUUCCAGAAGGUGAAAAAGGAAGAAGUUCCGCGUCAGCUGCAGUACAUUGUUCUCUAUCUGCUCCAUAUAACAGGAGCUUACCUGCUCAAUUUAACUCGCUUGGGGCUGAUCCUGCUGCUCCUGCAGUCCGUGGCUGAAUUCCUCUUCCACAUCGCCCGCCUCUUCUACUUCACCGACGAGAACAAUCAAAAGCUAUUUAAUGCCUGGGGCAUAGUCUUCGUCAUUACACGCCUUUUUACCCUCACCCUCUCUGUUCUGACCAUCGGAUUUGGCCUUGCGCGAGCUGAGGUUCACACGUUUAAUCCGGACAAGGGGGAUUUCAAUACACUCCUGUUCAGGAUGGUGGUGUUGCUCCUGAUGUGCAUCUCCCAGACCUGGAUGAUGUGGAGGUUCAUUCACUUCCAGUUGAGGCGAUGGCGAGAGUUCUGUAAAGAACAAGCGGCCAGGAAGAGAUUGGCAGCCGUUGCCAUGGUGAAGCAGCAAGCAAAAGUCCUCAAAAGGGAAUCUGGUUAUCACGAAAAUGGAGUUGUGAAAGCCGAGAAUGGAUCCACCCCCCGACAGAAGAAAAUCAAAUCUCCUUAGAGGCCAAACUAAGCGAUACCAGAGACCGUGAGCCCAAGACUAAAUCUGUGCUCCACAUUUCUGCCUGCCCAGUGCCUUUUGGAGCCAUCGCUAGGAACUAUUUACUAUAUGGAAACAAAGAAUUAAACACAAUGCCGAACUUGCCUUGAAACCCUCCCCCCCCCCAACCAGGUCCAUAGAAACCUCGAGGUGGGGGGAAGUGUACAUUCCCUUCUUAUUGACUGAAAUAUUCUUGUGUACGUUGCUAUUCUCAUCAUACAGAGCCAACAAACCAACUCUCCGGAUCGUUACCUCCUCAUUGGCCAAAAUAGGGCCACAUCUCUGUGGCUGUGACUAGUGACUCUAGCUGUCAGUCAGUCCCACGCUGAUACCCCGCUGCUCCCUCCUAGGAGGGAAAUUAAAGAUGGCGGCUGCUGUAGCCACGACUGAAAUUCCACCUGCUGCCAAUAGACUCCGAGUGUAGAACGCCAUAGCAGUUGCGUUGCAGGUCUAAAAACACAACAGGGAAAAGAUAAAGUGAUUUUGUCAUUCAACAACUGACAGUCGGUAUUGUAAUGUGUCAAACAGAAGCUUCUGCAGGUGUCCUGCGGUCACUGAAAGGGUUAAGCACAUCUCGAAUUCUAACUGUAGGUCUUGCUCACCCUGUUGUGCCCAGCUUGAUAGGCUG